UACUUUGUCGUUGCGAUGACAGACGUGCACUUUGGUGUUCGCAUAUUUAAUCAGAAGACUUGCUUAAGGACUUUGAUGUUUUGAAAUUUUUUCCCUGGAAUAAAGACAUGGCUAAAUUGAAUGGCACUGUGAACACAUCAGACAUGGAACAGGGGGACAAUGAUGUUCCGAUGCUGGAGCUAGGAACACACAACUAUACCCUACCAAAAUUAAGAUAUGUCAAUAUUUUUGGUGUCUUACUCAUUGUGGAUGCUGUUGUUGCUGUUGUCCUUUGGUUAACAGGUGGAGACUCAAAGUACUUUAUAGAUAGUAUAACUCACUUCACCAUGACAACGUCUGUAUUUGACUUGGCUGUUCUCUCAGUGGUCAAGUUGGUGAUCCUUUGCGGCAUUGUGCUUCCAUUGUUAGAAAUGUCUUCGUACCAGCUGAUAGAAAUCAAUCACACUACCCACAGACAGUUGAAGGCAAAAAAGACUCGUCUCCAUACCUGUCUCAUCUUAAUCACCUUCCUACUACUGGCAUAUUCCACUACUAAAGGAGCUUUAGUUAUAUACUUGUUCAACGACACAGCAGACUACAAAGUGAUGCAUGCUACAUACAAUGCUUUAGUCAUCUGUGCGUUUGUCUUCUGUCUGAUUGAAGCAUUACUUGCACUUUCAAGCUUCGUUAUGAUGAGGAGAUUAAAGACCAUCAGGAUUCUCCAUCGCUUCAAUGAUGAUGGAGAGGAGAUUGGGAAAGAUGGGGAACCAUUAAAGAGAAAAGUAACCUUUGCGAGACUGGCAGCUCUUGCUAAACCUGAAUUAGGCCUGCUUGGACUUGCCUCCUUUGGUCUUUUGUUUUCCAGUGCUUCACAGAUGGUUGCACCACUAUUCUUCGGAAAGGUGGUUGAUGCUGCACAGCAUAGUAUCAGUGAGUUAACGAGAACUGUACUUAUCAUGCUGGGAAUUUACCUGGUGGGGAACUUCUUUGCAAUGAUACGUGCCUGGCUGUUUACACUAGCAGGAAUGAGGCUGGUUGCUCGGUUACGUAAACGUCUCUUUAACUCCAUCAUUCAACAAGAAGUGGCUUUCUUUGAUGUAAACAGGACUGGUGAACUCUGUAAUCGGUUAGCAUCAGACACAUCAGUGCUACAAAAUGCUAUCACAGUGAAUGUGUCAAUGUUGGUGAGGAACAUACUUCAGCUGAUUGGUUCCCUUGGUUUCAUGUUCUACCUGAAUCCCUCGUUAACAGGUGUGCUCUUAUCAGUUGUACCUAUCGUGUCACUGGGAGCUGUCCAGUAUGGAAAGCUAUUGAAAAACCUUCGGAAGAAGUUCCAAGACAAGUUAGCUGAUGCUGGAACCAUGGCAGAGGAGAGUUUAUCCAGUAUACGCACUGUACGAACAUUUUCAGCCGAAGGAAAGGCUGGACACUUGUAUGGAGUUGAGAUAGAUGGGAGUUACAACAUUGGAAAAAAACUGGCGUUUAUCACAGGUGGUUUCACAGGCCUGAUUGGUACUGUCGCUUACGGUGCUAUAACUGUUGUUCUGUGGUACGGAGGAAAGUUGGUGUAUGAUAAUGAACAUGGGAAACCGACUGGACUGACUCCUGGUGUCCUCACCUCAUUUUUACUGUACACACUGCAGGUGGCUUUGGCUUUUACUUUUACAACAGCUCUCUACGGAGAAUUCAUGCAGGCUGUUGGAGCAUCUAUCCGAGUAUUUGAGUUACUAGACAGACAGACUAAAGUCUCCAAUGAAAACGGCGUUGUUCUUGGAUUUAUAGAUGGCAAAGUGGAGUUUGACAAUGUCAAGUUUACAUAUCCAUCACGACCAGAAACAGAAGUUCUUAAGGGUAUAUCUUUCACUUUGGAGCCUGGUAAGGUACUGGCACUCGUGGGGCCCUCUGGUGGUGGAAAAUCGACCAUCGUCAAUCUAAUAGAAAGAUUAUACGAUCCCAAUUCAGGAGUGGUAUAUUUAGGAGGCAACAACCUGCGUGAACUGGAACCUCGUUGGUUUCGCCAGAAAAUCUCAAUGGUUAGUCAGGAACCCACAUUGUUUGCAUGCAGCAUUAAAGAAAACAUAGCCUAUGGAAAGACUGCAACAGACGAAGAGAUUGAAGAGGCAGCAAAGCAGGCAAAUGCUCAUGGGUUUAUCUGUGAGUUUGAGAAAGGUUACGAGACACUUGUUGGUGAGAGGGGCAUUCGUCUGUCUGGGGGACAGAAACAACGCAUAGCCAUCGCCCGUGCCCUGAUAAUGGACCCAGUACUUCUUCUACUGGACGAGGCUACCAGUGCGUUAGAUGCCGAAAGUGAGCAUCUUGUCCAAGAAGCAGUAGAAAGAGCCAUGAAGGGUCGUACUGUCAUUGUGAUCGCACAUAGAUUGUCCACAGUUAGAAAUGCUUCACAGGUAAUUGUAAUUGACAAAGGCGUUGUAGCUGAGAGUGGGAUGCAUGACCAACUUAUCGCUAAAGAUGGAGUAUACAAACGUCUCGUCCUACGUCAACUGAUGGCCGGCACAGCCUCGAUGAAUGGGCUGCCCACAGAGGAAGAUGAAACAAAUGGCAAAACAUCAGCUAUUUUUACUGUUGGAGAGAAUGACGCAACACCUCAACAGUAGCACCAGGCAUUU